AUGGGCUCUCUAGGUGUAGGUCGGAUAUUUCAAGUCGUCCAAAAACCUACGCUUCGACUUCCAUUUAGUGAUCUGGCUUUUGUUUCAACAUUACCCGAAGAUUACCUUCCAGAGCUAGUAAGAGAAAAUAUAGGUCGUGUGAAAUGGGACGAAUUUCGAAGAGAUGCUGAUGAAGUCCUCGAAGAAGAUGCAAUCCCGAAAGCUCCCCUUUGGAAGCAGUCGUUAAAGCUCUUAAAAAUCCUACUACCUCAUGUUGGUUUAAAUGCGUUGUUACUGUCAUAUAUUGCAAUGGGAGCAAUUAUGUUUAUUUGGCUGGAAGCGGAUCAUGAGCUUCAGAGCCGUAAGGAGAAACUACACAAGAUUUAUAGAAUGUAUGAUAAGAUUAUCAAUGAAUCAACGAUGAUGUGCUCUGGAACUGUAUAUAAUUCUAGUCAGGUGGAUCUUCGUUUGAGACCCCUGUUACGCAUUUUAUCGCGAACACAUGAAUAUGAUGAUAGGUUUACGGAGAACGGACAACUGUGGAACGAUGUCGAAGACAAUAUGACGACGCGAUGGUCCUUCGCGGCGGCUGUUCUGUACGCGCUGACUGUUAUUACAUCCACGGAGCAGAUUGGGCAAGGGCACCACUACUAUCAAGACUGUCGAGCGCUAUUUCGCUUCGAAGACAAGCCCCGGUCGGGAUGUUCCUUAACUGUCGAAGACUCCGCCAUUGUCGACGUUGUCAAAGACGGUCCGGAGAUCAACACCCGCAGUCUUGCCACAAGACUCAGGUGUAGCCAUUCAACAGUUGUCAGUCGCCUCCAGGCUCUCGGCUGCAGAAAAGUGCUAGCUCGAUGGACCCCUCACACCUUGACGGAUGGCACCUGGUUUACCCAAGUAUCCAUCUGUCAAUCUCUUCUUCGUCCACAUCGAAAGGAGUUUCUCGAAGAUCUUAUUACUGGUGAUGAGAGUAGGGUCCUUUACGGCUCUAACGCACCGUGCUGUGUGGCUCCCUCGAAGAGAAGACCCGCCGACGCUAGCCAAAUCGGACCUCCACCCCUAGAAGCGCCUCAUUUGUUGCUUCUGGGAUUCGAGGAGAAUGCUGUUUUAUGA